GGUCAUUUUUGAAGCACUCAAAGCCUUUUGUACAGUUUGCAAGAAAACUGGCCACUCCAACUCCGACUGUAAGAAGGCUGGAAAAAGGGUUUCGAGUGAUAUGAACCCUCAAAUCCCUCAGAAACCUGCUUCUGAACAAAUAGAAAACCAAUCUCGAAGUGAAUGGCAAAUUGUCAAGAAGAAAGGGACAAAACAAUGAGCAUCUACAAGUGGCCUCAAACCUGAGGUUAACCCUUCCAACUCAGCUAUGAAUAUGCAGGCACCUCAGGAGAACACCUCAGUUCAGGUUGACCCCAUAAUUAAUCACUCCCAAGGGACAUUAUCACCUUGUGAGAAGGACAGUUCUAUCACACCGGACUCCCCCCCACCCACAGAUGAUGUGAUUAUUGUUGAGGAGGAGGAUCUCCGGAAGCCUGAUGAUGUGGAUGGUAAGGAGGAGACACUCCAGGAGCCAGAUGAUGUGGAUGGUAAGGUGACUGAUAAGGACACCUCCGAGGUUCAAUCCGAUGAAGCACUGGUUCUGGAACAUUCUAACCCUCCAGACUAUGAUCAUCUUCACGCAGUGGAAAAUAUCUCCGAAUCACUCUCUGAUAGUGAAAUUUUGGCAAGGAAAACCAGGGAAACCACCCUUGUUACUGAACCUAUAGCUAGCCGGACAAGAUCCAGGCUUCCUCUGGACUUCCCUCCUCACCUCCAUGGUUAAGUCCAUCUUCUGGAAUGUCUAUGGGAUAGACUCUCGGUUGAAGAGACUAUCUCUGCUUAUUAAGAAUCACAAUGUUGAUGUGGCCUUUAUUUUUGAACCUAUUGUUAAUAGUAAGAAGAUGAAUUUUUUCAAACUC